AUGGAGCCCCUGAUUUCCGUCGAAAAGGCAAAGAUUCGUCUGCGUCUGUCGGUGCUCUUCGCGUUUUCGCUAUGGGCACUCCUGGGGGUGGCGGCGUGGUGGCGGGUGACGUCGGUUCGCCGCUCGCCGAUUCCCGCGCUCGUGUCCUUUCCGAUUUCGCAGCGCGUGGCCUCGCGGCUCGCCUCGCCGGCGGCCUCUGAGGGAGGCUCAGGGGACGUCUACAAAGCGGCGGCGGACGUGUAUGCGCGCUGGGAGGCGGCUUACAAGAAGAAGCGCCGCCAGGAGGCCGACGAGCCUGCAGAGGGUGCGAAGGCGGCCGCGUCGCCCGUCUUCGCGCUCCUUCCCCCACUGGUCUCCGGAUUUUCGCUGGAACUCGUGCCUCUCUGCGGCGCGGUGCGGCCCGCAGCGGCGGACUUCUUCGACUGGCUGCAGGGGCGAGCUGCGGCGCUGCGAGAGGCCGGCAAGGUCUCUUGGCCGGAGGACCCCAAGCUGUACGGCUCGCUCUUCCCUGCGCAGGAGGCUCCGGAGGGCGCGGAUGCGACCAAAGGAGACACUGCGCGCGGAGAGAGGCGCCCUUUCGUGACUGACUUGCGUCUCCUUUUCUCGCCGACAGACCGCGCCACGUCGCUCCUCCUCGGCCUCGAGGCGACGGGCGCGUCUCUCCUACGCGUCGCGCUGAUCGACUCAGCGGUCUCGCGCGCCUCCUCUUCUGCGUGCGCCUCCGCGGCUCCCGAGCGCGCGCGGAGGCGAGAAGACGCGCUGACGUACACGAUCUUUUUCUCGGCGGAGCGCGCGGAAGGCAAGAAAUACGCCUCGCGAUUCACGCUCCACGCAGAAUCUGCCAUCACAGUCGUCGCGCCCGCCCCCUCUUCAGAGGCUUCCACGUCCUCCGCGGCCGCGCAGCGGACCUACUCCGCGCUCGCGCAGCUGUUGCGCACGUCCUUCUUCGCGCCUCUGAACGAGACGCGCUUCUUCUUCCCCUUCUCUUCUCAGUACGACUUGAGCUUCUGGCUGGGCGGCGACUCCGUCCCCAGGCGCCUCGGCGCGAAGCAGACCGGUCAGCACCGCCUCGCGUGGAGAUUCAAGCGAGACGUCUACGCGCCGUUUCUUGAGCCCUUCUUCUCCCGCCUCGCCGUCGUCUUCAACUUCCUCCACACGCAGUCACAGGUUGUGCCGCACAGCGGCAUCGCUUCGCUUCUGACGCCCCCGGCGGACUCGGCCUCCGCGGCGCCGUGGGUCCUGGACAUGGCGUCGCAGCAUCACCUCCACGCGGUCGCAAGCACUUGGCAGCCUGAGCACAUCAUGACGACGCCGACGCAUGCGCCCGCGCCGUCGCUGAACCUGGCGGUUUACCGCUCUCCGGUGCCGGUAGUUUUGAGGGGAGGCAAGCCCGGUCGGAAAAUCCGCAGAGAGCCCAGCGAGGCUGCCACCGGCCAGGGCACCGAGACCGACACGGUGACCGGCAUCGCGAUCCCCGGCUGGGGCGGCCUCGCCGUCGCGUCGCCCGUCUCCGCUUCCGCGCCCGCGUCGUCGGCGAUCUUCCAGUUUCCGGCACGAGACAUGCAACAUAUCGCGGGCGUCUGGGUCGCGCAGUUGCGCACCUUCUUCGCGCUCCCGCCGACGCUGGCGGACUACUUCGCGGAAGACGCUCUCGAGGGGGGGGCGGCAGGCGACGCAGACACAGGGCGCUGGCGCGUGCGCGUCGUGGGGGACUCUGAGGAGAGAGCCUCUUUCCUCGACGAAGCGAACGAAAACGACGUGGUGAUGCUGUGGGAGUCGCCGCGAGAAGAGGCGGCGCACGCAAAUGAGAAAGACCCAGAGAAAGCGAACCGCGCCAUUCUCGUCGUCGCGCAGCAUGCCGAUGCAGGCGUUGGCGUCUGGGAAGUCUGGCGCCUCGCCCGCCGAGUGUACGUACAGCUUGUUGAACGCGCAGUCAGCAACAUUCGAAGUCUGCAAACCAUCAUCGAAAACCAAACGGAGCUCGCUGUCCAGCCUCAUGUCGGUGAGGCGCUCGAGAGAGCGCUGACGUUCAUCGACUGCAGCGCGGAGGCGCUUCAGGGCCGCAUUUGCGAGACUCUGCCCGACGACCUGCACAAGCAACUUCUUUCUUCGGACGUCGCAGCAGAAGCGGGACGUGUCCUAGACGCCCACGCGACAGGGAGAGACGCGCGCGGAGUGGCGCCUGCGCGCUUCCUUGGUCUUGCUCUCGCACUCGCGCGAGCGGCUUUCCAAGACUCGCUAGAGGCGCUGCAGGAAGAGAGUGUGACUGGUAAGUCUCACUUUAGUUUCGAGUUUAAAUGCGCGAUCUACGUGCCGCUCGCAGUUCCGGUGCUGCUGCCGCUUGUCGUGGGAUUCAUGAAGCUGAACAAACACAGCAAGCAACUUGCUAAGGCUGCAGCCGCUCUCCAGUAG